GAAUAAAGCUCAUAUACGAAAACUCAUCCAAACGGUCAAGAACUACUGAUAAGAAUGGAGCCUAUGUAUAUACCGCUCAUACUCAUUGUAUUGCUCUAUUCUCUUUACUAUUACUUCACAAGGACUUUCAAUUACUGGAAGGACCGAGGUGUCGUUGGACCAGAGCCAGUGCCACUAUUCGGUAAUAUCAAAAGAGCUGCACUUCGUUACGAAAAUGUAGGGGAAACUAUGGCUAAUAUUUACCAUCAGUAUCCAGACGAGAAAGUGGUUGGAGUGUUCAGAAUGACAACACCGAAUCUUUUACUAAGAGAUCUGGAGAUUAUUAAGCAUAUAAUGAUUAAAGACUUCGACGAGUUCUCCGACCGUGGAGUUGAAUACAGUACAGACGGUCUGGGCAAAAAUUUGUUUCAUGCAGACAGUGAGACUUGGAGGAUACUCAGAAAUCGAUUCACACCAAUAUUUACAUCGGGAAAAUUAAAGAAUAUGACGUACCUAUUGACCGAACGUGGUAACCGGUUUAUUAAAUACGUUGAAACCAUUACCCGUAAUCAGAAAGAACAUAGAAUCCACACCCUUGUUCAGAGGUACACCAUGUCUACCAUAGCAGCCUGUGCCUUUGGUAUAGACAUCGAUGACAUCACGGACAACAAUCCAUUGAUUAAAACCCUCCACAAAAUAGACCGAGAUGUGUUCACCUUAAACUUUGCUCUGGAAUUAGAUAUGAUGUAUCCGGGUCUGUUCAAGAAAUUAAAUUUGUCCAUCUUUCCUAAAUAUGUCAAUGAUUUUUUUCAUGAUUUGACAAGAACAGUUACCAAUGAGAGACAGGGUAAGCCGUCAGGUAGGAGAGACUUCAUGGAUUUAAUUUUAGAGAUAAGAGAACAAAAAGAACUCCCAUCGCUAAAGAGAAACGAAAGCGAUGAUCAAACGCAUCUAGAGAUAUCUGAAAGUAUUAUUGCCGCACAGUCUGCAGUAUUUUUCGCUGCAGGAUACGAAACUAGUGCGACUACAAUGAGUUAUCUUUUAUAUCUGUUGGCGAAAAAUCCACAUAUUCAAGAAAAACUACAUGAAGAAAUAGAUAAAACUCUUGAAAAUCAUGACGGUGAAUUGACUUAUGAUAUAGUCAACAACAUGCCAUAUUUGGGUAAAGUGUUUGAUGAGACACUCCGUUUAUUUCCUCUUGCAGAGCCGUUACAACGUAAUGCAAAAUCUGACUAUAAAAUACCUGGCACCGAUAUUGUUGUUAAGAAAAAUCAAAUGGUAUUAAUUUCACCUCGUGGUAUUCAUCACGAUCCUAAAUAUUAUCCGAACCCAGAAGUGUUUGAUCCUGAGAGAUUUAAUCCUGAAAUUGCGGCUGCAAGGCAUCCUUGCGCAUACAUGCCUUUCGGAGUUGGCCCAAGAAAUUGUAUUGGUAUGCGUUUCGCUAAAUUACAGUCCAGGAUAUGUAUCAUCAAGUUGCUGUCACAAUUCCGGGUAGAACCGUCAGAGAACACGCUGAAGGAAAUGAAGUUCGACCCAAAAAGGAUUGUCCUGUCGCCAUCUGACGGGAUUUUACUGAACAUAGUGCGGAGAAAAUAAAUACAUAUCAUUUGUUUUAAUGUUACGCACCAAGUUUUAUUAAAAUUACCACAAAAACUCUCUUUAAA